CCGAGGAUUCAGGGCUGUCGCUGCUUAUGGAGGCCGCCGGCGGGGAAGGGGAGCGGGAGGCCCUCACCUGCUUUUCCUAUAACCAGGACUGCACUUCCUUGGCCAUUGGAACCAAAACUGGAUACAGACUUUUUUCUCUGAGUUCUGUGGAACAGCUGGAUCAGGUCCAUGAAAGCAAUGAAAUGCCAGAUGUUUUCAUUGUGGAGCGCCUCUUCUCCAGCAGUCUGGUGGUGGUGGUGAGUCGGGCGAAGCCGCAGCAGAUGAAUGUCUAUCAUUUCAAGAAAGGGACAGAAAUCUGCAACUACAGCUAUUCUAGCAAUAUCCUUUCCAUCCGGCUCAACCGUCAGAGACUGAUUGUUUGCUUGGAAGAAUCUAUUUAUAUUCAUAACAUUAAAGACAUGAAGCUUUUGAAAACAAUCCUGAACACCCCUCCUAACGCCACAGGUUUAUGUGCACUUUCUAUCAACCAUUCCAAUUCCUACGUGGCAUAUCCUGGCAGUCCUGUUGUCGGCGAGAUUGUGUUGUAUGAUGGCAAUCUUUUGGGAACCGUCUUACGUGUUUUUUCCAUCCCCGAAGGACAAAAGCUCUACGAAUUCAGGAGAGGAAUGAAGAGGUACGUGAACAUCAGCUCCCUUGUGUUCAGUAUGGAUUCCCAGUUCUUGUGUGCAUCAAGCAACACGGAGACGGUGCAUAUUUUUAAGUUGGAGCAUCUCACUGACAGUCGGCCGGAAGAACCUCCCUCCUGGAGUGGCUACAUGGGCAAGAUGUUCAUGGCUGCCACCAACUAUCUCCCUUCUCAAGUAUCAGGCAUGAUGAGCCAAGACCGGGCCUUUGCUACUGUGCGCCUGAACUUCUCUGGACAAAGGAACAUCUGUGUGCUCUCGACGAUCCAAAAGUUGCCUCGGCUGUUAGUUACAACAUCUGGUGGACAUCUUUACAUUUACAACCUGGAUCCCCAAGAUGGCGGAGAAUGUGUUUUAAUCAAGAAGCACAGCUUGCUUGACUUGGUAAAGCCGGAAGAGAACAAAGAAAACGAUCUUCUGUCUCCAGUAACUCAAACAUAUGCUGCUACCGUAGCUAGGCAGACUUCAGUGCCUUCCCCUUCUAUGAUGCCAGGUUACUCGGAGGAUGGGGGAGCCCUUCGAGGAGAGAUAAUACCUGAGCAUGAAUUUGCUACUGGGCCAGUGUGUCUGGAUGAUGAAAAUGAAUUUCCACCCAUAAUCUUAUGCCGUGGAAGCCGGACGAACAAAGUGAAGCGAUCAUGAGGAGAGGCAAACAACACAACACACAGCGGCGGAUGGGAGGUAGUUUGGAAAAACAAGGGGGAAUGUAGAAGAACCCACAAAUGUGGGGCAAACCAGAGACGCUCCAGUGCUUUUCACACAGUAUGUUUCUCUUUUCCUAGUUGACGUUUAUCUGCCCCUCUUUUGUGUAUUUUCUUAAAAUGCUCUAUGGUUGGUAUCAAUGUACUGUAUAUGCACAUUGUUCUCAAGAACCACAAUAUAAAUGCAGCUAAUUGAAGCUCCAAUUUUAUACUCCAGCUAGCUCUUUUAUUUAUGUCAUGUAUAAAUGUACUUAUAAAAGAACCUACUGAUUUAUGUCUUUGUACAGUAUACGCAUGAUUAAUUUACCCAUGCAGAAUAUUUUUGCAAUUAUCUACUUGAAUAAAAGGAAAUCCCCAACUUUCAGAGUUGGAGGAAUGCUGAAAUAUUUGUCAAUAAAAUCAUCAUGAGGUUAACAGGAGCUGUGUCUCCACUCAUGUUCCUCCUUCUUACGUAACCUGGAAAAUAAAUGCAUACAUAACUCCCAUCAUACACUUCUCUUUCAGGGAAGCAAAGUGCAGCAAAGGGGUAAGAAAAACCUUGAUAUUAGUCCAGAUUAAGUUGGAUGGAUAAACUGUGCACAUGUAAAUUCAUGGUAACCUUUUUUUUA